AUGGCCGUCUCCGUCGACUCGAAAUCGCAACAUUCGGAAGUGAGCACCGCGGUCGCUGGACCCGAGUUCACCGACUCACAGCUUCGUACCGCCGUUCAAUCCACGUUGAGAUCUCGUGGAAAGGCGUCUACUCGUACUGCUUUGAGCGCUUCAACGACUCAAACCGUUGGUGUCAGCUAUGAUACGAUGGUGUCCGCCUUCACCUCGGUCACCAUUUCGUACGUCUUGCUCGCCAUCUCACUCUACGUCGAAACCGCCGUCAGCGCAUUCCAUCUCGCUUAUUUCACGUAUCGCCAUCCGGCAGUGUCGAAGGAUUUGAUCAAAACGGCCGCCCAUCUGUUGAAGACUUCUUAUGACAAUAAGUUGCUCACCGCUUCGGAGAUCAUCGCCACCGUCCAGAAUACUAUAAUCGCUCCGAUGGCUAGACAGAAUAAACAGUAUCACUUGGAGGAGAGUCAACGUACCGCUCAAUUGCAGACGAUGAGAACCACCUCAACCGCGGUUUCGCGUUGA